AUGGCUUCGAACUCGGCAGCGACUGGAGGAGAGGAGGUCCAAGGGACGCUGUCGGGCGCCGAGGUCAUUGCCCAGUCGCUGAAGAACCAGAACGUGCAAUACAUGUUCGGCAUCGUGGGCAUCCCCGUGACCGAGAUCGCCGUGGCCGCGCAGGCUGUAGGCAUCAAGUACAUCGGCAUGAGGAACGAACAGGCGGCUUCUUACGCUGCCUCUGCUGUUGGAUACCUGACAGGCAGGCCAGGAGUUUGCCUUGUGGUUUCUGGUCCAGGUCUUGUCCAUGCACUGGCUGGGAUGGCAAAUGCAAACAUGAACUGUUGGCCUCUGAUUGUUGUUGGUGGUUCUUCUGACAGUAAUCAAGAAAUGAUGGGAGCCUUUCAGGAGUUUCCUCAGGUUGAAGCUUGUAGGUUAUACAGCAAGCUGUCUGCCAGACCAAGCAGCAUAGAAGCUAUUCCUUUUGUGAUUGAAAAGGCUGUGAGAACCAGUAUUUAUGGUCGACCAGGGGCCUGCUAUGUUGACAUACCUGGAGACUUUGUGAACUUACAGGUGAAUGCCAGCUCUAUAAAGUAUGUGGAGUGCUGCAAGCCGCCCCCCAUUCCCAUGGCUGAUCCUUCUGCUGUAUCUGCAGCAGCAUCUAUCAUCAGGAAUGCCAAACAGCCCCUUCUCAUCAUUGGAAAAGGCGCUGCUUACGCUCAGGCUGAAGAUAACAUCAGAAAGUUGGUAGAACAGUGUGGGCUGCCAUUUUUGCCCACACCCAUGGGCAAAGGUGUUGUUCCUGACAAUCAUCCCAACUGUGUGGCUGCAGCCAGAUCUAGGGCUUUGCAACAUGCUGAUGUAAUUAUAUUACUUGGUGCCAGGUUAAACUGGAUUUUGCAUUUUGGACUCCCCCCAAGAUACCGAGCUAAUGUGCAGAUAAUCCAGGUUGAUAUCUGUGCAGAAGAGCUGGGGAAUAAUGUUAAGCCUGCCGUGGCUCUGUUAGGUGAUAUAAAUGCUGUCACUGCCCAGCUUUUAGAACAUUACAACCAAAGGCCAUGGCAAUAUCCUUCUAAUACUGAAUGGUGGAAGGUACUGAGAGAACGAAUGAAGAGCAAUGAAGAUGCAUCCAAGGAAUUGGCAUCACAAAAAUCCUUGCCUAUGAAUUAUUACACAGUAUUCUACCACAUCCAAAAACAGCUACCAAGAAACUGUAUUAUAGUAAGUGAAGGAGCAAAUACUAUGGACAUUGGACGGACUGUGCUUCAAAACUACCUUCCUCGUCAUAGACUGGACGCUGGUACUUUUGGAACAAUGGGAGUUGGCUUGGGCUUUGCUAUUGCUGCAGCAGUAGUGGCUAAAGAUAGAAAUCCUGAAAAACGUGUGGUCUGUGUGGAAGGAGACAGUGCUUUUGGAUUCUCUGGCAUGGAGGUAGAAACUAUCUGCAGGCAUAAUUUGCCAAUCCUUCUCAUUGUGGUGAAUAAUAAUGGAAUUUAUCAAGGCUUUGAUGCAGAUACCUGGAAGGAGAUAACAGAACUUGGAGAGAUUUCCCAAGUAGGACCUCCAGUUUCUCUUCUGCCAAAUUCCCAUUAUGAGCAGGUGAUGACUGCUUUCGGAGGUAAAGGCUAUUUUGUGCAGACUCCGGGAGAGCUGCAGAAUGCUCUGACCAGAAGCUUAGCCGAGAAAGUAGUGCCGUCUCUCAUCAACGUCAUGAUCGAGCCUCAGGCUGCUCGGAAGAAGCAGGAUUUUCACUGGCUCACCCGCUCUAACAUGUGACUGCAACCACAGGCCAGAGAAGCCCAUCUUCCUGCGGAGGAAGGCUGCAGCCAGAGAGCCCACCAGCAGGACCAGUGCCUCUCAAACUGUACCAAGCAAAAGGAGAACUGUUAGAAUCAAACCUAGAAAAGCACAUGCUAGGAACUCUGGAGAAAGGAUUCUGGAAUGCAGGGGGCAGAGGAGGAAGAGUUUUUAAGGUGCAACUGACACUACUUCCUGUCCAAAAGCUGGGAAAGGAAAGAGCCUGCUCUCUGCUGAGCUUUUCAACCCAAACCUGUUUUGUGGAAGAAGAGAAAUUUUUCAAUUAAUUUUGGAGGUACCUUUUCCACAGAAGAACCCAUCUGAAGAUCUCUGUUUCUACUGCUUUCAUCAACCCUGACUGAGCAAUAGCUAAUCUAAAGACCAUUGGUGUGGGGUCUGAAGUGUCUACUUCAGGUCUGGGUCUAGCUCAAGGUGAACUCAGUCAAUUUGAGUUUAUCCUUAGUCAACUUGGAGAAACCUUUUACCAACCAGCUAAAGUAACAAGGAAGGAUGUUAGUGUAAGGUAGAAUAGAGAGGCUUUUGGGGAUAUCUAGCCAGAAUAGGGAGCUGGUAGGGAGCCUCAAGAUCUCAAAGACUCCAUCUUGCGAUGGACAUAGGGGGAAGGGUGGAGUAUUAGAACUUAGAAAUUAGAAAGAGGGCAUCCUCAUUUCUAAAUCCUCCCUCCCUAACCUGGUUAAUAAAUCAGUUACUUUUAUACUAA